AUGCAUGCCAACAUCGUCGCCGUCGCUGCCGCCGCCGCCGCCCUCGUGUCCACGUCGAGCGCGCUGGCCGUUCGCAACAAACACGUCGGCGACUUUCGUCUAUUCUCGCAGCCCGGCUGCUCCAGUAUCAAUCUUGGAAUCUGGACCGUCUUGGAUGAUGACGUUGGCGUAUGCUCUAACAUGAGGGAGCAGGAUGUUGGCUCCGUCUCUGUCGUGGACAUCACCAGUCCCUGCACAUUGUUCUUGUACGAAGAUGGGAAGUGCUCGGUUGGCCAGACGGCGACGGCGCAAGGCCACUGCUUCAAUGCUUCUUCUCCUCAGACUUGGAACUCGUGGAACGUGCAGUGCUAG